GGCCCCAGCCCUUUCCCUGUCGCAGGUUGCCGGCGCGAGAGCAGGUGGAGGCGAGGCAGGAGGCUGAAGCAGCGGCCACUGAGGGGGGGUUGCGUGAGCCCAGAAGAAAAGCUGUCGCCAUGCGUGAAAUCGUGCACAUCCAAGCCGGCCAGUGCGGGAACCAAAUUGGAGCCAAGUUCUGGGAGGUCAUCAGCGAUGAGCAUGGCAUCGACCCCACCGGCAGCUACCACGGAGACAGCGACCUUCAGCUGGAGAGGAUCAAUGUCUACUACAAUGAAGCAACUGGUAACAAAUAUGUUCCCCGAGCAAUCCUUGUUGACCUGGAGCCUGGUACAAUGGAUUCGGUCAGAUCUGGGCCUUUUGGCCAGAUCUUCAGGCCUGAUAAUUUUGUCUUUGGUGUGUAGCUGAUCUAUGUGGCUUCUCUUU